GUCCAAGCUUCAUUCAAUAUCGUUCAGUGCAUGCCCGAUCCUACGGAUAUCAUGUUGCCUAACGCGAAUUAGCUGCUCUUGAUCAAAGUUAAGCACGUGAAGCCGGUGAAGUGUGAUUCCGAACGAUCGAGACAAAAAAAAAAAAGCUCAACGAGUAACCGAUUCGGACACGCCAUGCGCUUCCUUAAACUGGUUGUCGUGAUAAUAGCGCUCUUCGUCGUUGCGACAUUUGCCAAAGAUGACUCCUCGAAAAGCCGCGAUAAAAGACAACAGGUUGCAUUCUAUCCGAGGAGAGGAGCCAGACCACCACCCUACGCGGUUCAAAUGGAACCAAUCGUUCAGUAUUCUCAGAGAGAUCCGCUUUACAAUCCUCUGGCGAGCUCCAAGAGCGACGAUUUUUAUGAGGAGGGCCCGUUGAAUUAUUACCCGACGGAACCGGAACCGAUCAUCGAAAUUAUCAUCAAGGAAUCUAAUGAAUCGUUGCCGACACCGGUACCUCCACCACCUCCGCCGCCUCCGAGGCCUACGAAAGAGCCUGUACAAGUGUUUUAUGUGAAAUACGAGAAAAAGAAAGGCUACGGAGAUAAAUCCCGAGUCGUUUACGAUCCACCCGUGCCCGCGCUAACACCAGUCGAGGAACAUGAGGAGAUCAAGCCAGAUAACUCAGCGCCUUACCCGGAAGAACCUGUUCACACGGCGACACCAACACCGCCAGAACCUUCUACGACUUUGAGAGCUAUCAUUCGACCCGAUAGUGAAGUGUACCAUUCUGGUUCUAGUGGUAUUCGCGUCACCUUCGGCACCGAACAAGUACCACCGAACAGUCACAACAAACGUAGCGAUUUGGAAGCGCCGCCGACCCAACAACAGACCGCCAAACCAACUUCCACUCCGCCAGGAUCUCCCAAACGACAACACGGCCCGUAUCAACCGAUUCAACCGGUCCAUCAAAGAGUGCCACCGGCGUUUCCACAACAGAGAAUCGCCAACUCCUUUCCGCAGCAGCAACUCCAUCAGCCUCUUCAGCAACAGCCGCCCUUAAAUUUCUUGCAGCAACAGCCGUCGUUCCCCCCUCCAUCGCAAGGAAGAAGUCCCUUGCAAAGACCUCAAUUGAAUCGGUUGCCUAUAACAAUUCAGGGUUUACCGGAUGUACAACAACGAGCGCCAUUCAAUACUUUUGGCACACCUCAUCGUGUAAGCAUCAACCAUCCACAGCAACCGGGAUUUCCACCUACGUUAUCGGUUUCUCAUCAAAAUGUACAGAUACAGAAUCAACCUUUGCCACUGAAUCAGGGUAGUCCUUUCAACGUGGAGCAACAACCGCAGCAACCGCCUUUGUCCCCGUACAAACAACAGGAAUUAGAAAAACAAAGAUAUCACGAACAACGUCGUCAACAGGAACUGAAUCAGGGAAAUCCCUUCAACGUGGAGCAACAACCGCAGCAACCGCCUUUGCCCCCGUACAAGCAACAGGAAUUAGAGAAACAAAGAUAUCACGAGCAACGUCGUCAACAGGAACUAUUGAAGCAACGUGAACAUCAGAGGCAGCACGAGCAGCAAAGGCUUCAGGAGCAUCAACGAUUCUUAGAGCAACAGAGGAUAUUGGAUCAGCAGAGACAGCAGGAACAACAGAGACAACAAGAUCAUCAAAGAUUGCAGGAACAACAGAGGAUACAGGAACAGCAAAGGAUACAAGAACACCAGAGGAUACAAGAACAACAGAGGAUACAGGAGCAACAAAGGUUACAAGAUCAUCAGAGGUUGCAGGAACAGCAAAGAUUACAAGAGCAGCAGAGAUUACACGAGCAACGUAGAAGGAAGCAAGAACAGGAACAGAAAUUGUUACAGGAGCAACAGUAUCGUUCUCAAUUGAAAUAUAAUCAAGCACCACCGAUACAACAUAUACCUCAACUACCAAUUUUGCCCCAGAUUCAAAAGCCAGCAGGAGAAAUUUUCAAAGCUGUACCGAAGCUCGAGCAGCAUUACGCAAUUCGAGAAAAUCCGCUUCACCCUGGCCCUUUUCCACCUAAUCCAGCGAUCCAGCCAACUGGAUUCCCUGAAACGCUACAGAGUCAAUACGUUUCCGUUCAACCGCCGAAUCCGUCGCCAAAUAUCUUAAGAAGUUCACCGAGUGAAUUCAUAAACGAUCAACAACAACAUGUGAAUACGAAGCAGCAAAUAAUUCAGAGCCAGCAGGAAGGAUUUUUCUCGCAAAAUCUUCAACAGUCGCAACAACAGCAAAGAUAUCCGUCGUCUCCUCAACGAUCUUCAAUCUGGGGACGUCCGUCGUUCUCCGGAAAUAACGCGAAUCCUUCUCAAAAAAUUUAUGCGACUCCGGUCAGUCCUGUCGAAGAUUUCAAUUCAAUCUCAACCAUCAGACCGUUCGUUUCAAGUACAACUACUACUACCACAACUACAACGACGACCACCACCGAAGCUCCAAUAACAACUCUCUCUCCGAAGAAAGAGGCUAAGAUUAGAGAAAAUAUCGCAAAUCUUCCGGACGAGGUACCGGAUGAUAUCAGAGAGCAGCUACUGAGUUCUGGUAUUUUGGGUAACGCCGACAUACAAAUACUGGAUUACGACAAGGUUGGCGACAUACCGAUAGAGAAACUACCGCCGGAGGCCCUGGCGAAUUUCUACGGUGCCGGAGGCGGUGCCGCGGUAGCUGCCAGCGAACCGGUCCCGUCGGUCGUCAAGAAACCCAAAACGGCAGGGAGCGUAUCUUCCUCGACCUCUUCCUCUUCCACUUCUUCGUCGAUUUUGGCGAAGAAGACGACUACUGGUAGCACGACUAAGUUCGAACAGGCUACCUUGCGGCCAGGUGGCGUGGAGAUGAAAGUAGUACGCUUCGAUCCGAAUACGGAGCAAGGCCAGGCGCUAGCGGAUCAGCACAUACGCGACGACGCUACCAGGUUGAAUCCUGUAACUGUGGGAGCGAAAGACCAGUCCCAAUACAAUCGUUAUUUACCGCUCAAAGUGAGUGGUGCGUCCUUCCCUAUUCCGGACGUGCCGCAACUUAAUGGUCGGAAGAUCUCCAGUGUGGUUGUAUUGGCGCCCGUCGACUAUAACUUUCAAGAAGAAAAAGAGAUUGAGUCGAGACAAGGUAGGAGGGUCAGCGAUGUACAAGCAGUCAAGUUUCUCGCCGGCGAUACUCUGAAACAAUUGGUGAAGAAGCCAACUGCGGAGAACUAUAAGAAGUGGUUGGAACAGGAAAGCCGGACAGAGCCACAGAAACAGUCGGUGGUUUUAUUGGUAACCAUGCCGAAAGACGCGAACCAAGGCGAGAAAGAAAUCUUCAUGUACGAUGUGACCUCGCAAACUGUGAGCAAACUGGCUGGAGAUUUAUCCACAGCGUUUGUAGAUGCUGCUGAAAGUAACUCCGACAACACCGACUCCUUCACCGAUUCGACUUUUUCAUCGUUUUAAAUACUACGUGAAUGAAUAGUAUGGCAUACCACGAUAGAAAUUUACGUAAAACAAGAUUUAGCGUGCCAAGUCCAAAAGUAACAAACAAAAACCUUCUGUCGUCGCACAUAUCUUAAGAUUACAACGAAACCGGAGUAAAGUUUAAAAAAGGUAAAGGACAUAAAAGUAUAAGUGUCUUCAUAGAUACUUUAAUUAUGUAUUAUUAUGUAUAUACUGAUUUUAUACUUUUUUAUACAAAAUAAACGCAAUAUUUUUUUA